AUGUCACUAUCAUCACACCUACCUAUCACAACGUCACCAUCAUCACCCCGACCUAAUGCAACGUCACCAACAUCACCCCGACCUGUCACAACGUCACCAACAUCACCCCGACCUGUCACAGCGUCACCAACAUCACCCCGACCUGUCACAACGUCACCAUCAUCACCCCGACCUAACGCAACGACACCAUCAUCACCCUUACCCGACACAAUAUCACCAUCACCACCCCUACCUGUCACAAUGUCACCAUCAUCACCCCGACCUGACACAAUGUCAAUAUUACCACCCAACGUGACCAUUACCAAUCCGACUCAGACCUGUCACAAAGUCGCGCCGCCGCCGCCACCACCCUACAAUACCCAACAAUCUGGACAGGAAUGGACUGGAAUGAUCAGAAGAUUCGGAAGAAAGGCGCAGACUAUAGACACAGUUUACCUCACGUAA